CCCCUUGCCCACCCUCUCCAGCCAUGGAUGACAUUUAUAAGGCAGCGGUUGAGCAGCUGACAGAAGAACAAAAAAAUGAGUUCAAGGCUGCCUUCGACAUCUUCGUGCUGGGGGCAGAGGAUGGCUGCAUCAGCACCAAGGAGCUGGGGAAGGUGAUGCGGAUGCUGGGGCAGAACCCCACCCCUGAGGAGCUGCAGGAGAUGAUAGACGAGGUGGAUGAGGAUGGCAGCGGCACUGUAGACUUUGAUGAGUUCCUUGUUAUGAUGGUCCGGUGUAUGAAAGACGACAGCAAAGGAAAAACUGAAGAGGAACUCUCAGAUCUCUUCAGGAUGUUUGAUAAAAAUGCCGAUGGCUACAUCGACCUCGAGGAGCUGAAGAUCAUGCUGCAGGCAACAGGAGAGACCAUCACCGAGGACGACAUAGAAGAACUGAUGAAAGAUGGAGAUAAAAACAAUGAUGGCAGGAUUGACUAUGACGAGUUCCUGGAGUUUAUGAAGGGAGUUGAAUAAAUCUGAGGCCAGAUGACAGCCCAAAUCUCCUAAACCCCUCCAGCUCCACACCUCAUCUCCUUGGCUAAGUCCCUUGGCUACCAGCAUGAAGACUGAGUGCUGAGAAGGGUGGCCGCUGGGAAAAUAAAACGCGUU